UCAAAAGUUACAACACAAGUAUUAUUUCGAACAGUCUCACCAAAACAAACUCCCUGCACCUUUGAUAACCCCUUCACUUUGAUAACGCAAAGACCACGCAGAAUUUAUCCAGUUGUCAGACAUGCAGAUCGAGGAUAACAUCACCGCUGUACUUUACAGAGCUGGAGACCUUCGAUUGGAGAAACGGCCCAUCUCCGAACCUAAAGAUGACGAAGUCUUGUUGAAAAUUUGCGUUGUUGGAAUUUGCGGAUCGGACUUGCAUCUAGUGAACGACGGACGUAUCGGACCUAAGAUUGUUGAUAAACCGGCAGUACUCGGACACGAAGUUUCCGGAAUUGUUUGGAAAGUUGGCAAUAAUGUGCUUAACUUAAAAAAAGGUGAUCGUGUCGCUGUGGAUCCUGGAGUUCAUUGUUUCAGAUGUGAUCCCUGCCGUAGCGGGAGAGGUAACUUGUGUGUUAACGCAGUGUUCGCAGGGACGCUACAGUCUGACGGCUGCUUGAGUCGUUAUUUCGCGCACUCCGCCGAUUUUUGCUAUAGGUUGCCGGACCACGUCUCACUCGAGGAAGGUGCUUUAGUUGAACUUGUCUCAGUUGCAAUUCAUGCGUGUAAGCAAGGUCGUGUUGGACAUGGAUCCGUGGUUUUGGUACAGGGAGCUGGACCUGUUGGUUUGAUGAGCUUGUUAGUGUCUAAAGCACUGGGCGCUUCAAAGGUUUUGGUGACAGACUACAUACAGGCCAGGUUGGACAAGGCCAAGGAAAUAGGAGCGGACUUUAUUGUUCAGGUUCAUCCAAGAGAUUCGGCCGAUGUUGUUAAGCAAAAAGUAAUAUCUGCACUCGUUGGUGACCCUACCACUAGCAUAGAUUGUGUGGGUAGCGAACUAACAAUCACUGUUGCUGUAAGAGCAACCGCCUCUGGUGGUGUGGCAGUGAUAGUUGGUUUUCAUGGUCUACCUGCAGUUAACAUUCCAAUAACCGAAGCAGUAAUUCGAGAGAUAGAUAUCCGUGGCAAUCAUCACUAUAACAAUUACGACUACCAUGAGGCGUUAGAAAUGGUGGCUACUGGAACAAUUGACGUCAAACCUUUAAUAACCCACCAUUACAAAAUUGACGAAGUACAAAAGGCCUUCAAUACAGCAACAACCCGUGAAGAUAAUGCCAUUAAGGUAUUAAUCCAUACAGAUUGAGAUUGUUGUUAGUGAAAGUGAAUUUUAGUUUGGGCUGGGGUGAGUUCUUUUGUUAUAAAGAUCUCAGGACUCAGGUCAACCAAUUCAUGGUUAGGUCUGUUUUAACACAUUUAAUAAAUAAUAAAACAAAUUUGUUUUUUUGUACGUUAUAGAAAAUUGUAGGCUUAACAUUAAAUUUUUAUAAUGU